UAACAACGCUUGGAAAUUUCUAUACUUUUCGUGCCGACAAACCUUUGUUUUCCGCUAAAAAAGUCAAAAUAAUUUAUAACUUUACGAUAACGGUACCUGUAUAAAGAUAAAGCCGUUUCGCACUGAGAUUAGUGUGAUAAAACCAGUGAUAGUGGACGUUGUGUGCAGUGUUGUAAUUAGUUUUCAGUGUUUCAAUGUACUGAAAUGUUAGUUUAUAUACUCGCUUUGACCGGAUUGAUACCAUUUGUGGCGUCGGAAAGCUGCUACUACCAGAGAUGUCUAGGCUGUCACCCACAAGAGCUCGUGUCACCCGGUAAACAGGUGACAUGUGAGCCGAGCAGCUGGGUGUCGGCUCAAUGGGUACACAACUUCGGCCACCCACCGCCCACUACCGACUCACGAGUACCAAUAGAGUACCGAUGCUUGAAGAUGGUAGCUACGCCAGAUGACAAAUCAUUUGGCAACACAGUAGACGUGAUCAAAGGGUGCGUACCCCGAGCGCAAGUGGACUCCGUGUGCCUCGGCCUGGAGGCAGUAGAGAGAGCUCGCGGCCACAGCGACGCUCGAUGUUUCAUCUGCUACGGAGACAACUGCAACUCAGCAGAACGGACGCAUUUCUUACCUCUAGUCACUCUCAUUACCUUAUUAUUCUAUAUCUUAAGGUGAGGGAAGGUGUAAUAAAAUAAUGUGUUUCAUACAUUUUUUAUUCACAAAACGAUUCUACGCAUUUUGUAAUUAUACAAUCAGCUUUGUAUUCCCUGUUACGUACAACCUUUAGUUACAUGAGUAACAUUGAAUUAAAAACAAAAAUGAAAA